UCGCGGCGCCCGCGGCCAUGGCUGGGAGCGAGCGGGGCCCGGCGGGCGGCUCCCCGCCGGCGCCGCACAGCGACUGGGGCCGCCUGGAGGCCGCCAUCCUCAACGGCUGGAGGAGCUUCUGGCAGUCGGUGGGCAAGGAGCGGCCGGCGGCGCGGGCGGCGCGGGAGGACGCGGACGAGGAGGCCACCUCCCUGACGCGGCUGCCGAUUGAUGUCCAGCUACAUAUUUUGUCAUUUCUCUCUCCACACGAUCUGUGUCAGUUGGGAAGUACAAGUAGAUACUGGAAUGAAACUGUCCGAGAUCCAAUUCUUUGGAGGUAUUUUCUGUUGCGAGAUCUACCUUUAUGGUCUUCUGUUGAUUGGAAGUCUCUUCCUGAUCUCGGAAUCCUAAAAAGGCCUGUAUCUGAAGUCGCUGAUGGAACAUUGUUUGAUUACAUGGCAGUCUAUAAGAUGUGCUCUCCAUGUACCAGAAAAUCUUUGAAGUCAAUCCGUCCUGUGUAUGGAGCUGUCACUUCCUUUUUACAUUCCCUGAUCAUUCAGAAUGAACCAAGAUUUGCUAUGUUUGGACCAGGUUUGGAAGAACUGAAUACAUCUUUAGUGUUGAGUUUGAUGUCUUCUCGGGAACUUUGCCCAACAGCUGGUUUACCUCAGAGGCAGAUUGAUGGGAUCGGAUCAGGAGUCAGUUUUCAAUUGAACAGCCAACAUAAAUUUAACAUCCUGAUAUUAUAUUCAACUACCAGGAAGGAAAGAGAUAGAGCAAGGGAAGAACAAACAAGUGCAGUUAACAAGAUGUUUAGUUUACAGAAUGAAGGAGAUGAUCAGCAAGGAAGCCGAUACAGUGUCAUUCCACAAAUUCAGAAGGUGUGUGAAGUUGUAGAUGGGUUCAUCUACGUUGCAAAUGCUGAGGCACAUAAAAGACACGAAUGGCAUGAUGAGUUUUCUCGCAUUAUGGCAAUGACAGAUCCAGCUUUUGGAUCUUCAGGAAGACCAAUGCUGGUUUUAUCUUGUAUUUCUCAAUCCAGUGUAAAAAGAAUGCCCUGUUUUUAUUUGGCUCAUGAGCUGCGUCUGAAUCAUCUAAAUCACCCAUGGAUGGUGCAGGAUACAGAGGCUGAAACACUAACAGGUUUUCUGAAUGGAAUUCAGUGGCUUCUUGAAGAAGUAGAAUCUAAGUCAGCAAGAUGACCCCUUUUUUUUUCCUUUUAGACCUUGGGAACUGAAACCAGAUGAAACUUGUUACUAAGGUCACAUUGCUCUAUCAGCUCAUUUUGUCCUGACUUUUUUGCAGGUGGGCUUUGUAUUGGACAGUGAUAGUUACUGUAUGUGAUUUUUUAAAAAAUACAUAUGUGUAUACAUAUGAUUCUUUCACCUUUAAUCAAUUACAAGAAAAAAUGUUUCAGAACUAGCUAGCAUUUAUCCCUGAAAUGAACCUUUUUUUGAUAAUUUUUAUAUUUUCUUUUUAAAAAUAUUAAAUUCCAAAAAGUACAAGUGUGGA